AUGUCAAGUGGAGAUAAUGGCAACGAUGUUCCAUAUGCCAUGGUUCUUCUCAUCAAGUCAAUAUCAAGGCCAAUUCCCCUAAUAAAAAAUGUAUAUAUCUUUUUGUGCAGUCUUGAAAUGAAGGAUUCAUGCGGACCUUUGAAGGCUUUGGCAGUCGCAAGUGUUGUCAACGGCGUUGGAGAUGUGGUCCUCUGCUUAUUCUUUAACUAUGGCAUUGCGGGAGCAGCGUGGGCAACAAUGGCAUCUCAGAUUGUUGCAGGAUUUAUGAUGAUUGAAUCUUUGAAAGAUAAAGGGUAUAUUGGUUAUGCCAUUGCUGUUCCGUCAGCUAAUGAACUUCUACAAAUAUUCAAGCUUGCUGCUCCCGUAUUUAUGAUGAUGAUGUCAAAGGUGGCAUUAUAUUCGCUACUUAUAUACUUUGCUACAUCAAUGGGCACACAAACCGUUGUUGCUCAUCAGGUCCUUAUCCAAAUAUACUCUAUGUUCAUCGUAGGGGGUGAGCCCCUUUCUCAAACUGCACAAUCAUUUAUGCCUGAGCUUAUAUAUGGUGCCAAACGAAGUCUAUCAAAGGCAAGAAUGUUGUUGAAGUCACUGGUUAUAAUUGGUGCAACUUGCGGUUUAAUACUCGGUGUUGCCGGUACUAUUGUUCCUUGGUUAUCACCUAAAGUAUUUUCACCUGAUCCUCAUGCCAUAAAGAAGAUGCACACAGUUUUACUACCACACUUUAUUGCAUUAUCUGUGACAGCAUGUACCCAUAGCCUUGAAGGAACAUUGUUGGCUGGGCGUGAUUUGAGAUUUAUUAGUGUAUCAAUGACCACAAUCUUUACUUUGGGUGGCCUUCUCCUCUUGUUAUUUAGCAAUUUGGGAUUUGGUUUGCCUGGCUGCUGGUGGACAUUAGCGUUGUUCCAAUGGUCUAGGUUCACUAUUGCUCUACUACGUCUCAUCUCGCCAAAUGGCAUCCUUUACUCUGAGGACAUGACUCGUUAUGAACUCGGGAAAGCUAGCACAGCCUAAGGGCAUGGACCCUAAUUGGUAACUAUUUUGAAUCCCAUUAAUAUCAGGGAUGAUUCAAGUUUUUUCUUUGAUGCACCAUCCUUUUCAAAAUCCAUCUAGAAUUGGCGGAGGCAUGAUUUUUUUUCUUUCCAACGGGGUCACUAAGUUUUGGUGUUCUUAUGUAUAAACUUGAUUUACAUAUUCUUCGGUCGGGUCGAUUUGGACUCAAAUGAACUAUAAUCCUCAAAGGAACUUUAGUUUCUAAUACUUUGUACUCAUUUAAGUUUAUACAACUAUAAUCCUCAUAUGAACUUUGGUUUCUAA